GCUCCAUGCUGAUCUUGUACAUCUGACAUCAACUUGUUCCCCUUACCUGAGGCCAUGGAUAUCAAAAGUUAUCAUUCAGUUCUUCAACAAAUUCAUUUUUUACUGAUGUUCUUUUUCCAAUCUUUGUUGAACUGUAAACAAAUAGCUGAAGAUUCCAUUAUUGUAUGAUGGCAAGUUCCCGGUGUCAUCUAUUCAUUCUUCUAUUCAUAUGUUUCUCGGUGGCAAUGGGAGGAUCAGAUUAUUUGAAGUAUAAGGACCCUAAGCAACCACUGAAUGUUCGUAUCAAUGAUUUAUUAAGCCGGAUGACUCUUGCCGAGAAGAUUGGGCAAAUGUCACAAAUUGCAAGGGAAAAUGCUUCAUAUGAUGUCAUAAAGAAUUAUUCUAUAGGUAGUGUACUCAGUGGAGGAGGAAGUGUGCCUGCACCUAAGGCUUCUGCUGAGACAUGGAUGAAUAUGAUAACUGUGAUGCAGAAGGCAGCUCUGUCUACACGUCUGGGAAUUCCAAUGAUUUAUGGCAUCGAUGCUGUUCAUGGCCACAAUAAUGCCUACAAUGCCACCAUUUUCCCACACAAUAUUGGGCUUGGAGCUGCGAGGGAUCCAGCGCUUGUGAAGAAAAUUGGUGCAGCUACUGCUCUUGAAGUUAGAGCAACAGGCAUUCCUUAUGCUUUUGCUCCAUGUGUCGCGGUCUGUAGAGAUCCGCGAUGGGGUCGUUGUUAUGAGAGCUACAGUGAAGAUCCGAAGGUCGUCGAGGAAAUGACAGAGAUAAUUCCUGGCUUACAAGGAGAUAUUCCAGCAAAUUCUCGAAAAGGAGUUCCAUUUGUAGCGGGACAGAGGAAUGUUGCUGCAUGUGCCAAACACUAUGUUGGUGAUGGAGGAACAUAUAUGGGCAUUAAUGAGAACAACACCAUCAUUAGUCCUCACGGUUUGUUUAGUAUCCACAUGCCUCCUUACUACGAUGCUAUCAUCAAAGGUAUCUCUACAGUGAUGGUUUCCUAUUCAAGCUGGAAUGGAGAAAAAAUGCAUGCCAACCAUUACCUAGUGACUAAGUUCCUCAAAGGCCUGCUACAUUUCAGGGGUUUUGUGAUCACCGAUUGGGAGGGACUAGACAGGAUCACCAGUCCUCCACAUGCAAAUUACUCCUACUCGAUCCAGGCUGGAAUUAGUGCCGGCAUUGACAUGGUAAUGAUUCCUUAUGCUUUCAAAGAGUUCAGGGAUGACCUGACCUACCAAGUUCAGAACAACAUCAUCCCCAUGAGUCGAAUCGACGAUGCUGUUAGAAGGAUCCUUCGGGUCAAGUUCACCAUGGGUUUGUUUGAGAACCCCUUCCCUGAUCCUAGCUUAGCCGAUCAGCUUGGGAAAAAGGAGCACCGCGAGCUUGCGAGGGAAGCCGUGAGGAAAUCACUUGUGCUGUUGAAGAAUGGAAAGUCCGGCGACAGUCCAAUGCUGCCACUUCCUAAGAAGACACAGAAAAUCCUGAUUGCUGGAAGCCAUGCUGAUAACCUUGGCUAUCAGUGUGGAGGGUGGACAAUCAGUUGGCAGGGACUUAGUGGGAACAAUCUCACAACCGGAACCACAAUCCUCAAUGCUAUUCAGUCCACUGUUGAUGCAGAAACUGAGGUCAUCUACUCUGAGAACCCUGACAGUGAGUUGAUCUCAAGUAACAAGUUUUCAUAUGCUAUUGUUGUGGUUGGAGAACAUCCAUAUGCAGAAACAGAUGGUGACAAUUUGAACCUCACAAUACCUGACCCUGGCUCAAAGGUGAUCCAAAAUGUUUGCAGCAGCAUCAAAUGUGUUGUCAUACUGAUCUCCGGGCGGCCGCUCGUCGUCGAGCCAUAUAUCGACGAAAUGGAUGCAUUUGUGGCUGCAUGGCUUCCUGGAACUGAAGGCCAGGGUGUGGCUGAUGUUCUCUUUGGUGACUAUGGGUUCUCCGGCAAGCUCCCCCGGACGUGGUUCAGGUCUGUGGAUCAGCUCCCAAUGAACGUGGGCGACCCGCAUUACGACCCACUCUUCCCAUUUGGAUUUGGGCUUACAACAGAGCCAGUGCAUGCAAACUAGAAAUCUCUUUUGCCAUGGAGCAGCAAAUAUUGAAGACAAGUUAGUUGUUAGUUUAGAGGCUGUCAGCAGAGUUCUGCCAAAUUGAGGACUUUUAUAGAAAAAAUAAUAAAGGAAUUGCAGUACUACCUAUCU